AGCGAGUCGGGUGGGACGUGGCUCCGCUGCAGGAGCAGCAGCACCAGCAGCGAUCCGCGGCACAAGCAGCAGCAGCAACCGGCGCAAGGAACCCCGACGGCCGCCUCGCCAUGCUCCGCAGCCGCCGAAUAGGGCCGCCGCCUCCUCCGCCGCCGCCGCGGUCGCUGCUGCUGCUUGCUUACCGGAGGAGCUCCCGGUUUAGGCGAAGCGGCGUGGUUGAGCUGACGUCUCGCCCGGCUUCUCCGGCGGCGGCGGCGGCGAUGCUGCACCGUUUCCCGGCGCUGCGCGAGUUGGUGGGGCGCUUGAAGCGGCGUUUGGGCAACGGAGCCGGGAGGGCGGCGUGGAACGGAGCAGCAGCAGCGGCGGCUGCGGAGGCGGCGACGGCGGCGGCCAAGCGGAGCCCGCUGGGCUUCUUGGCUUGCGGGCAUUGCGGGGGUUUCCUCUGCGAUCCGGUCUCGCUCCUGUGCGGCCACACCUUUUGCAAAGAGUGCGCCGAGAGGCGGCGGGGGGUUCUCUUGCGACGCCGCGGGGCCACCCCGGCUACUUCUAACCCGACGGCCAGCCGGGCUGUCUGCAGCCUCUGCCCCGGUGCUCGGAUGGCUCAAUCCCGCCUGCGGGUCAACGUCAUCCUCGGCCACCUGUUAGCCAAGGGCUUCCCCGAGCAGGUGCGGGCGGCGCGGCUCCGCCACGAAGGGAACGCGCUGUGCAAGGAAGGGCGGCUGCGGGACGCGCUGCAGAAGUACGACCAAGCCCUCCGCUUGGCUCCUUCUGAUCAUUUGCUGUAUCGCAACCGGUCGCAAAUCAAUUCGACUUUGAAAUGCUACGAGGAGGCGUUGCACGAUGCAAAAAUAGCCUGUGAACUCCAGCCUUAUUGGGUGAAGGGCCACAUGCGCAAAGGCCAUGCUCUCAGUCUGCUGGGCAAGACGCGGGAAGCUUUCAGUGAGUUUUUGUUGUGCCUCGUUUUGGAGGGCGAGAACCAGGCGGCUAAAUCCCAGGGCCCCAAGGUUGAUAUGGACCAGGAAAACUGUGAAGACCAGAAGGUGACCAAUGGUGACAACUCAGGAAAACCCCUCCCUAACCCGGAAGGAAACCUGGAUGGAAAGGUUGAUCUCUCCUCACCCGUUGAGACUGUCGCUCAGAAAGAGGCACCCCAAAACAAUAAACGCCAGGCUGAAGUGGCUGCGGGUUCGGAUCUGCCCCCCAAAAUAGCCAAAAUGGAUGAAAGCGAUGAGCAAGAAGGACCCAAUGCUGAAAACUGCCUCGCCGUUGAUUGGCUGGAUCCAUCUGACAUGGAGUGUUCCCUCUGCAUGAGGCUCUUCUAUGAACCUGUGACCACCCCGUGUGGACACACCUUUUGCCUAAGAUGCCUUGAACGGUGCCUGGAUCACAACCCAGAGUGCCCCUUGUGCAAAGACGACCUCUUAGAGUGCCUGGCCAUGAAGAAACUUUGCAAGACCGUGUUGAUGGAGGAAUUGAUUGCCAAAUACCUUCCGGAGGAACUGGCUGAAAGAAAAAAACUUUACGAAGAAGAGAUGGCUGAAUUUUCCAACUUGAAUAAGAAUGUUCCCAUAUUUGUCUGCACGAUGGCCUAUCCCACUGUUCCUUGCCCUCUGCAUAUCUUUGAGCCCUGCUACCGACUGAUGGUCCGCAGAUGUAUGGAGACAGGAACUAGGCAGUUUGGCAUGUGCAUUAGAGAUCCCGUCAAAGGGUUCGCCGAUUACGGUUGCAUCCUAGAGAUAAGGAACCUUGAGGUCUUCGCCGAUGGGCGCUCCGUGGUGGAUAGCAUCGGCAAGAGGCGGUUUAAGGUCCUUCGCCACAGCAGGUGUGACGGCUACAACACGGCGGAUAUCGAGUACAUUGAGGACAAGAAGGUCGACGGAGAGGCGUCUGAGUACUUGACCAUCCUCCACAGUGCCGUGUAUGAUCAGGCCCGCACCUGGUUCCGCACUCUGAAAUCUUCACUCAGAGUACGCAUUAUCCAUCAUUUCGGUCCGAUGCCUGUUAAAGAACCAGACCCACAGGUGAACCCCGAUGGUCCCGCCUGGUGCUGGUGGAUCUUGGCCGUCCUUCCUCUGGAGAACAAAGCUCAGCUUCCUUUCCUAGCGAUGACUUCUUUGAAAGCCCGUCUGUACGGCAUCCGGAGCAUUCUGACCUUCCUCUUCCUCACUCAGAAGUGAAGCGGGGUGUGAAUUCCCCCUGCAAUCCGAGGCCUUUCUCUCUCACACACGCUCCUUCCAACUCGAUGGUGCCCGAUGGUGCCCGAAGGCUGCAAACGAACUUUACUACGAAGGGCCUUAAAUUCUCAGGACUUGAAUGGGAAAAAGAAAAAAAAAUGCUCCUUUUCUCUUAAGCUGCAAUAAUCUUCCAGCUGGUCCCACUUCGGUCUGCAAAGCAGAAACAGAAAUAUAUAUAUAUAUAUAUUUCUUUUUCAGCAGUUGCCUUUCAAGCGAAGUUCCUACAUUGUUCACUUAGAGGCGCCUGUCUAUAUAUUGUAAUAGAAUUUGACAAGACUUUGUCAGGGCGUCCUUUGAGUCAAGACUGGCUAUUAUUUAAUUUAAUCUUUUAUUUUGGAACCGUUGCAUUAAAACCAAUCCAGUUAAUGUGAAGCUUAAAAUAUUCACAAAUCGGGAAGAACCGAGUAGCCCCCCGCUUUGCCGGCGAACAUACCUUUACUUAAAAAGGCCAAAGCUUCGUUCAAAAGCGGAUGAAUUUUUUAAUUAAAAAAUUUGGCGGUCAAAAUCGGGGCCACCGGAUAUUUCCUGAUAUAUAUUUUUUUCUUUUUUUGCUACCAUAGAUUAACCUGACUUGUCUUCUGCAACAGGGGUCUCCAACCUUGGUCCCUUUAAGACUUGUGGGACUUCAAGCAAAGCUGGCUGAGGAACUCUGGGAGUUUGAAGUCCACAAGUCUUAAAGGGACCAAGGUUGGAGAUCCCUGUUCUACAAGGUCUGAAUUAUUUAACAAUUGUUUUCCUAAGGAUUCAGGAAUAACUCUGUUCAUUUUGGCUGCAGAAGUCUCUGCUUGAAUUUUGAUUUUCCACAGGUUUUUUUUCCCCCCCAGUUGUAAGUGCGAGAACCUCUGUGUGUUUACCCCAAAGUAAAUCCCAUUGCAUUAAAUGAUUAUUUUUGAGUGCUUU